AUGUGGGGCUUUACCAAGGAUGGUAGGUUUUCUGUGAGAAGUGCCUAUCAUUUAGGCAAGGCCUUGGGAAAAUCUAUGGUCUGGGAAUGCUCUAAUAAAGAAGUUCAGAAGCAAAUUUGGGAAGGGGUUUGGAGACUAAAUGUACCUAAUCCUACAAAGCAGUUUGUGUGGAAGGCUUUGAAGAGCAUAUUACCAACAAGGCAGAAUCUAGUGCAGAGAAAAAUAAUUGAAGAUGCUACAUGCCAGAUCUGUCAAAGGGGUGAAGAAACAAUAUGCCAUGUCCUAUGGUCAUGUCCAGCUACAAGUGAUGUAUGGGCAGAGAAUGGGAGUGGUCUUCAGAAAUGGCCUAGUGAAGAAAAAGACUUUUAUGUGCUAUGGUUUGAAAUGCAAACCAAAUUGCAGCAGAGUAAAUUAGAGGAAGUUUCUAUGAUACUGAGAGGACUAUGGACUAGGAGAAACAUGAUGAUUUUUGAAAGUAAGUUUGACAGUCCACGAAAAGUGCUUAAUGCAGCAAUGACUAGUCUUCAAAGCUUUCAAGAAGCUCGUGCUGCACUAAACAAUCUGAAGGGGUCUCAUUUUAGUGGCAACUCUGAUCUAGCUGAAGCAGCUGCUCUUUGGAGAGCUAUGGAGCUUGUUUUGGAGCUUGAUGUCAGGUGGGUGGUGUUUGAGGGAGAUGCUGACAAAGUGAUUAAAGGGGUAACAGAGGUAGGGGGCAAUUAUGCAUGGAUGGAGCAGCAGUAUGCCAAUAUACGUGGUAGGCUGUCACUGAGGCUAGACUGGUCGGUGAGUUUCAUUCAUAGAGAAGGCAACUGUGUUGCCCACGCAUUAGCCAAGAGAGCAUUGAGUAUGGAAGGGGAGUGGUGCUGGAUUGAGGAUGGACCUUCAGAAAUUACUAGUAUAAUUGCUAGAGAAAUGUCUUGUAGCAAUGAAGGGAGUCAAAUGAGUGAUUGUCUUUAG